UCUAAUAUGUUGAAUAUUCUUAAGUAUAAUAAAACUAAAUAUUAUAUUGAUGCGUACAGAAUGACCUUGGUAUCAACGAAUAUGUUCAUUAUUGAACAUUAUGUCUCUAAGCGAUAAAAGCUUCAUGCAAAAUUUCCGCCUCAAUAAGCACGCAUUUUUAUAUGAUUUGGACAACAUAAGACCCCAAUUAAAAGUCGCUCAAAGGACCACAUCAAUUCCAGAAAUUGUAAAACUGUCAACAACCUUGAAGUUUCUCGCACAGGGCGGAUAUCAAAACUCGGUCGGCCAAGAUAGGCAUUCAGGGCUAGCCCAACAAUUGGUUUCCCGAUGCAUCUUGGAAGUGUGCGAUGCCAUCGCGAAAACUUUGUGCCCAAAGCAUAUCGUGUUUCCCUUGACCAUUGAGGAAAAAAUUGAAGCAAAUAGAACCUUUUGCUUGACGUCCGGAAUUCCAGCCGUAAUUGGAGUGAUUGAUGGGACGCACAUACCGUUGAUACGACCAUCACGGAAUGAACACUUAUUUUUUAAUCGUAAACUAAAACACAGAAUAAAUGCAAUGGUGAUAUGUAAUCACGAAAUGCAAAUAAGGGCAGUAAAUGGUAAAUUUGGAGGUGCGUCGCAUGACUCCCACGUAUGGAACCUCUCAGGAGAACGUGGAAGUUGGAGGACGAACUACGAAAAURGAAAUAGAAGCGAACGAAUUCUUGAAGACUCCGGAUAUCCUCUUGAAACUUGGCUGCUAACACCGUAUAGGAAUGCUCCAGAACGUUCUGAUGAACUAUUUUCACCAACAGUUUACAAAAGGCCGAUCACUAAUUGAACSCGUGUUUGGUGUAUUGAAAGGGAGAUUUCGAUGCUUGUUAUCUGCAAGAGAGCUACAUUACG